AUGGCCGUCCCUCGCGCCAUCCGCACCGCCUUCCUCGCCAUCUCGCAAGCCGAGGGCGCCGGCGCGCGCGUUCGCCGCUCCAUUGGCACGCCCAAAUUGCGCAACUUCUCGCCCUUCCUUAUGCUCGACCACUUUACCAUCAGCCCCGGCUCCGGCUUCCCAGACCACCCGCAUCGCGGCCAGGAAACCAUCACUUACCUGUUGCAGGGCGCGGUGGAUCACGAGGACUUCGCUGGCAACAAGGGCACCAUUGAGACGGGCGACCUGCAGUUCAUGACCGCGGGCCGCGGCAUCAUGCACGCGGAGAUGCCGCGCCAGAACGCAGACGGCAGCCCGAACGUCGGCAUGCAGCUGUGGGUCGACCUGCCUGCGAAGCUGAAGAAGUGCGAGCCGAGGUACCGCGACCUGAGGGCUUCCGAGAUCCCCACUGUCGAUGUCGAUGAAGGCAAGGUCCACAUCAAGGUCAUUUCGGGGCAGAGCCACGGCGUCGACUCGGUCAAGGAGCUGGCGUACACGCCCGUCUGGCUGCUCGACAUCAACAUCCGGCCCGGUGGAAAGGUUCAGCAGAACCUGCCGGUGGGCUUCAACGCCUUUGCGUACACGUUGAACGGGACGGCUACGUUCGGCACCGGCGAGGGUGCACAGAGCAUUGGACAGUACCACAACGUCGUGUUUGAGCAAAAAGGUGACAGCGUCGUUGCCGAGGUCCCCGCGGACGCGAAGGAGGAGGCCAGGUUUAUCCUUGUGGCUGGCUUGCCGUUGGAUCAGAAGGUCGUGCAGUAUGGUCCUUUCGUCCUGAGCAGCCAGGAGGAGGUGUACCAGGCCAUGAUGGACUACUCGACGUUCUCGAACGGUUUCGAGAGGGCAAAGAACUGGGAGAGCGAGAUUGGAAAGAGUAUGUUGCACUGA